AGGUCAAGUUGAGAGACAAAUAGUUGAAACCAUUCAGCAGAAUGGAAACGGGUUUUAGUUGUUGCUGAAUAGUAGUGCUACCUGGAAGGGUAGAUGAAUUACACCUGUGAAUAGAAUUAAGAAAAAUGGUACUUGCUGUGGAUAACAUAGCCGGUGGAAGGAUAUUUUUUAUCGAUCCAACUACCAAUGGAAAACGGGACCAAACAAAAGAUGAAGGCCCUAAAAGUCACACCUUCGAUGAGGCAAUCGAUAUUGUAGGUUUCGGUCGUACCGGCUGGCAAGUGUUUCUGGUAUCUGCAUUAAUUAUGUUGGCGGUAAUUAACGAGACCAUGGGAAUAUCGAUACUCAUUCCUGCAUCGCACUGUGAUUUGAAUCUCUCUGCUACCGAUAAAGGUGUCCUUACUGGCGUAAGCUUUGCAGGUAUCAUCUUGACGUCGCAUUUGUGGGGUUAUGUGGCAGACACCAAAGGGCGAAAGAAUGUGAUCGUGCUUUCGCUGGUAAUCACUACACUAUGCUCGCUGGUGUCAAGCAUGGCUGUUAAUUUCACUACCAUUGCGGUGCUGCGGUUGCUGGUUGGAAUGAGCAUUUCCGCACCAUCUGCAACUAUUUAUGCCUAUCUAGGAGAAUUUACCAAAACUGACAAAAGAACUGUGGUAAUCUCGUUUGCCAGUGUGGCAGUUGGAUUGUCGUAUGUCUUCACCGGAACGUUCGGUUGGAUUGUGCUCUCUUUCGAUUGGCGAGUCAAUAUCUUAGACCUGGUGGAGUUUCGACCUUGGCGGCUUCUCUUCAUUCUGUAUUCACUGCCGGGUGCGAUUGGGGCAAUUUGGCUGAUGUUCCUGCCGGAGAGUCCCAAGUUUUACAUUUCCCGCGGAAGGGAUGACAAAGCGUUGGGAAUCCUUCGGAAAAUGUAUGUGGAAAAUCACCCCGGCACCACUGAAGAUGACUUCCCGGUGAAGAGAUUCACACCGGAAUUGAACGAAACGGUGGAUUGUAUGAAACAGGAUGGUUGUCUCAGCAUCUUGAGCAGCAUGUGGAAUCAAACCGUGCCACUGUUCAAACGGCCAAAUUUGCUCUAUUUUUCUGUGUGUUGUGCUCUGCAGUUUGGAAUGUUUGUGGUUUCAGCAGGAAUGGGCUUAUGGUAUCCGGAGAUUGUAAAUCGCGUGACGAAAUCGAAUGGAAGCGAUUCCGCAACGAUAUGUGAAGUAUUGCGAGGGAUUGAGUUACCUGAGGAAGAUUUACUGUUCGAAGUUGAACUUGAGUGCAACGAUCAUGUCACUAGUGAUGUCUUCGUUUAUGUUAUAGCACUUGGUUCUAUUUACACUUUCCUGUAUUUGGCCAUAUCAACCAUGCUCCAGAAAUUCAGCCGUGGAUACAUUUUGGUUAUCAAUCUAUUGAUAUCUGGUGUAUCUGGAAUGUUACUUGUGUUCAUAAAUGAACCAUAUUUUGUGUUGGUGUUGUUCUGUUCUUUUAUGGUAUUUGCCGGUAUUUCAAUUUCCAUAGUAAAUGGAGCAGCAGUUUCGCUAUUCCCAACUAGUGUUCGAGCCAUGGCAGUCUGUUUAAGUUUGAUGAUGGGUCGUCUGGGAAGCGUAGUUGGAACUAAUAUAAUUGGACUGAUUAUGGAGGAAAAUUGCAAUUUGACUUUUAUUUUAUUUGGGGGUUGCUCUAUAUUCGGGGCUGUGUUAGCUCUUAUCCUUCCAAGCCGAUAGUUUUAUUUUGCUAUAGUUUGUUAAAAUCUAGGUAAAUAAAAAAAUUACAAUCAA